GGUACGCGCCAUUCGUACUCGGGACUUCGUGCCAUCGGUAUCGGGAUUUGGCCGCAGCGCAGCGUCCAGUGUGUGUCUGUCAGCUGCGUUCCGUUCACGUGCGUGUCAGCUUGUAUGUGUGCAGCGUGUUGUAGGCAGGCAGUGCGGUUUUUACGGGUGUGAAGUUUGGUGUGAUUUUUGUCAGUGAAAGUGAAGUUUAAGUGAAGUCCGCGAGUGAGGGAGAGUGAGCUAAGCGUGGCUUUAGGAUAGCCAACGUUCGAGUGUGGUGAUCCGGUUGAUCGAUACAAGCGAGCAAAGCCGGUCAUUAACAGGAUAAUCUGGUGCGUCGCAGGUGAUUUGAAUGAAUUUCCCGGUCUUGAAGGAUUCCGUUGCAGCGUUUUGUUGCGUCGUCCUCACACAGUCGGUUGAAGGUGUUUUAUUGUGUGUGGGGUGCGCACUAAUUAAAUUAGUGAGAAGUGAGCAGGAAAGCUAGAAGUGUUGCAGUAUUUUGUUGAAAUAGAGCAAUCGUUUUAGAAAAGUGAGUUUUUGAAAUAAAAAUAUUAGAAAAAGUGUGAAAUGUGCGAAACGAUUGAGUUGCGCAGAAAGCUUUUGGGUUGAAUGAUAUACAAGCUUAUGAAAUAUGAAAAACGUGUAAGAGAAGUGAAAAAGUGUUGAACAACUUCAAAAAGAGUAGAAACGAAACAGAGAAAAGUGAGAAAGUGAUACAAAAUUGCGAGAAGAUAACGAUUACAGUGUGAAGAAGGAAGUGAAAAAAUCUCACAAAAGAAAACACAAAAAUACAUAAGCAGAAAGAAAAGAGCGGAAAAAACGGAAAUACAAUCUAAAAAGUGAAAACGAAACAAUUACACACACAAAAAAGUGAACGGGAACCAUUCAGCAGAAGCGGCAAACGCAAAAGAAAAGGAUUACUUGAAAAUAUUAUUCUUUCAUCAGUCGGAAAGUGUAGCAGCAGCAGCAGCAGCUCCAGCCGGCCAAGGAUAAUAAAUCUCUUCUCGGUUUUUUCUUGCUGUCGGUUCUCCCCGACACAGCGCUUGUCGGUCGGUGGUUUAACGGUUCCUCGGUUACUGGCCACUUGGCUCAGUAGUGAUUUUUUUCAUCCCUUCCGUGUUCUUCUGUGAGUUGUGAGUGGUACGGUUUGUGUCUGUGUGAGUGUUUGUGUGUGUGUGUGUGAGUGUAAGUGUGCGCGCCAUCCGCUGGGAAAAGGCGAAAAGGAAGGAAAAGCGUCCGGCACUCGGCGGCUGGAUCUGAUUUUCUUCGCCAGGGGAUUAAAGCAAACACCGCGCAGGCUAACAAGGCCUCUAUAAUGAUUGUAUAAGAAAUAAAAAAUGGUAGCCGAUCUAAGUUGAUAAAAAUGGAUUACAAGGAAAUAAUAUUGCUACUAUGUCUGAUUCUAACGUUGGCCAAGGCAACACACAAAGAUAACCGAGGUGCCUCCAAUGAAACCCUAAGCACUUGGUCACCGUCGGGCGUAGAUCUGGAGGAUGAAGACGACGAAGAAGUACAGAAACGUGCCAAGGCUCAAGGUUGGUCAUCGUGGACGGAAUGGUCAACCUGUUCGCGUUCGUGUGACGGUGGCGUUGCGUACCAGCUACGCCGAUGUCACGCGCCCCACGGCUGUAAAGGAGAUGCGGUGCGGUACAAAAUCUGCAACAUGCAGCCCUGCCCGGAGCAGCAGGAUUUCCGCGCCCACCAGUGUUCGGCGUACGACGACGUGCCGUACGACGGUGCCCUGCUAAAGUGGACCCCACACUACGACUACUCCGAACCGUGUGCCCUCACCUGCCGGGGCCGACCACAGCACCUGCUGGAGGAUAUGCCCGAUUCGGCCGGGGCCAGCGAAUCCUUUCCCAUCAGUGACGACGAACCGAGCGUCAUCGUGCAGCUCUCGAACCGAGUACAGGACGGUACCAGAUGUCGCCCGGGCAGUCUCGACAUGUGCAUCCAGGGAAAGUGUCAGCGCGUCGGCUGCGACCUGAAGAUUGGCUCUACGAAGAAGAUCGACGUGUGCGGUGUCUGUGGCGGAGAUGGGACGUCCUGUACGCAGCCACUCUACCAGUGGGAGAUAGCACCGAUGUCACUGUGCUCCGUAACCUGCGGCGGUGGUUAUAAGAUGGCCAUGCCAACGUGUCGAAAUCGAGUGACCGGCGUGGACGUGGAAGAGUCCCUGUGCAACGCGUCCUCCCGACCAGAACCCACCGUGGUGCAGUGCAAUACUCAUCUAUGUCCUCCAAAAUGGGUGACAGAUGACUGGCGACCAUGCUCGAAACCCUGCGGCGGAGGCAUCCGGGAGCGCGUCGUCGUCUGCGCGGAGGAAAGCAAUGGCGCCAAGAACAAAGUGCCGGACGAGGCCUGUCGGGGAGUGAGGCCAAAGAACCAGGAGCCCUGCAACGUUCAAGAGUGCCCGAAGUGGGUCGUCGGAGAAUGGAGUGGGUGCUCCGUGUCCUGUGGCAGCGGUAUCCAGGUGCGCAGUGUCGAGUGCAUGGACACAAACGGCCAUUACAGUGCGCAGUGCGAUCCGGGAGCGAAACCCGUUACCGGCCAGCCGUGCACCACCGGCAUCAUUUGUAAUGCGGGUUCGGUUUCAUCCGGAUUGAGCAAUGGCGGUAACGGUGCCAUUACGGGAACGACGGUUUCAGGCUCAUCCAACGCUGGCAUCAUCGCCGUACCACCCUCGUCCGCAUCCGACUUCGAUGGGCUAGCGCUCGGUGGCGACGGCGAAGCGGAACGGGCCAGCAUUUCCGCCAUGAUGAAGGAAAAGGCAUCGAUGCAUCACGAGCGCGAUCCGACGCUGAUGACGUACAACGAUCAGCCGUACUAUGCGCAACCACUGCGCCAGGAUCGGUUACCGAAGGCGGAGAAAAUUGUUUCCCAGCGGGUGCCAAGUGAAGCCACCUUCAUUCAGGACACCGAAUGGUCACCGUGCAGCGUAACGUGCGGCGAAGGGAUCCGCCGGAAGCCGUUCCGGUGCAAGAUUUUCCUCGAAUUUUCCAAGCGCGUCGCAGUGCUAAACGAUUCGCUCUGUCACGCCUACAAACCGCUGGACGAGGUGGAACGUUGCGUCAUGGAACCGUGCUCGUACUCGCACAAUUACGAGGACACCUAUCUCAAAGAUGGCAAUCGACAGAGCUUAGAAAACAUCAAGGUACACGUGUCCGUGCCGGGAAAGACGUACUCUUGGCGAGAGGAAGGCUACACCAGCUGCAGCGCAUCCUGUCUCGGCGGUGUCGAGGAGCUAAUAAUCAACUGCGUGCGAGAUGACACGGGCAAGAUCGUGUCACCGUUUCUUUGCUCGCCCGAAACGAAACCGGAAGCGCGUAUCCGCACGUGUAACGAUAUCCCGUGUCCACCGCGGUGGAACUACUCGGAGUUUACGCCCUGCUCCAAGUCUUGUGGGUUUGGGAUACAGACGCGAGAGGUCACGUGCAUCCAUGAGGUGACGCGUGGUGGGGAAAACACCAUGAUCGUACCGAACAGCAUGUGUACCACAAAGCCUCAACCGGAUCGGCAGUACUGUAACAUCAUUGAUUGCCCUGUCCGGUGGGAAGUGUCGGAGUGGAGCAAGUGUUCAAAAUCUUGUGGUGGAGGCUUCAAGGAGCGACGCGUCGAGUGCAAACAGAUCAUGGCCCAAGAACACAAAGUUGAACGGCCUGCGUCAAUGUGCCCAAGCAGUAAGCCUCCAGACAAGAAGCCCUGCAACACGAAGGCUUGCGCCCCGGAAGAUCAACGUCCGCCGAUUGCUGGAACCAACUCCACCUUCAUCCAACACGAUCCCAAAAAGAACAAGAUCACUCUCAAGAUUGGUGGUGCAGCGACCGUCUUCUACGGUACUCAGGUCAAGAUUAAGUGUCCAGUGAAGCGCUUCAACCGUACGAAGAUCCGCUGGACGAAGGACCAACAACCGCUGCUCAAGACGAAAAAGAUCAAGAUGUCCAAGAAGGGUGCACUGCGCAUACUGGACGUUACGUUCCGAGAGGCUGGCAUCUACACAUGCCACGCCGGACUGAGCCAUGCUGAUCUGAAGCUAGCCGUCAAGGCUAAGCCCGGUGGAGAGAAUCAAGCGAACGAGGAUCAUGAUCGGCAUCGAGGUGCCGAUCCUAAUGCACUCUUGGCGAACUCGUACGCCAUGGCGAAUGGAAAUGAGGAUGAAAAGAGUGGGAGAAAGAAUCGCGAUCGAAAUCGGGGGAGAAACCGACAACGGCAGCAGCAAGACACACUUCUCACAGAGCACGGCGAUGGAACGGAUGAUGAGGAACCACUGCGGUCACACUCACAAAUGACCGUGUCCGGCAGUGCGGUGCCGUCGGAUGCGUCGGCUGCGGCCAGUUCCGGCACCCGUACCUUACCAUUGCCCCAUUUCCAGCAUCUUCUGGCCGGUCUACAGCUUCUUUGGCCAUUUCAGACCUUCAGCAACAGUAAGAACGUUGGACAGCAGUAUCUCACCGACCAUCGGUACGAUCCGUUUGAUGGAUCAAUUGGACGGGGAGAUCGGGAGGGGGAGGAGGAAGCGGAACCUCCACGUCCUUUGAAUGUGUAUCAGCUGUUAAAGUCCCGCCACACGAGUGAAUCGGUUGACGAGCCAAUGAUACACGACGGUCAAGCAACGGAAGGAUACGAGUUCGAAUGGAUGACGACACCUUGGUCCGAGUGUUCGCAAACGUGUGGUGCCAACGGUGGAGGAUACAAGCUUCGUUCGGCCCACUGUAUGCUGCAGAUGAGCAACGCGAGUCGCACAGUGGACAAUAGCUUCUGUGAGGACGCCGGUCUGCCGGUGCCGGAAACGGUCGACAAAUGUGGUAACAUCGAUUGUCCACGCUGGAUUACAACGGAUUGGAGCGCGUGUCAGCAGUCAAAGUGCUUCUCGUGGCAUACGGCGCUGCAGCGGCGCGAUGUGUACUGCCAGUACGAUGGCGAGCGAAGCAGCGAGAAGGUGUGCGAGGACCAGGAAAAGCCCGUCACCAAGCAGGAAUGUUAUAACGAGCUGUGUAAGGGUGUUUGGCGCGUUGAACCGUGGUCAGAUUGUAAUGCAGCCUGUGAAGGACAGGGCAUCAAAUACAGGAUACUACAGUGUGUGUGGUACGGGACGAAAAAGGCGGCUGGGAAUGCGUGCCGAGAGCUGCCACGACCAGCCGUGAUGAAAGUUUGUAAAGGACCACCCUGUAUUUCGAAUCUGUCGGAGUGUAAGGACCUGUCGAGGUACUGUAGAAACGUGAAAAGCAUGGGCCUUUGCAGACUGCACCGUUACCAGCAACAGUGUUGCAAGACUUGUAGGUUUAAUAUUUACCACUAAGCCUCCGCCAUCCCGCGGACUGCCAAUCGGAUACCACGGUGGAUGCGCCGGAUGACGUUUCACAGACGUGACUGUCUGAUUUGUCGGAAGCCGUUGCAUCCUGUGGAAGAUGCCUCCGUCAUCGCAUUAGCAUCGGGCUUGCUCGGGCCAAUUAGACGAUAGUCUGACAGCGUUUCAAGCCAGACACUCACCCCUUCGAGGAGGAAAACAAAUCAACGAACUUGUGUAUGAUACAGAAUAGCUAUUGAGACACCCCAAUUACCGAAGACUUAUUUAAGAUAUAGUCAAUUAAUGUGUACUUGACUAUUGGGCAUUGCUGGACGGCUAAAGGGCAGCCACCAAACACCUACACACAGACAAUUAGGGGAGGACAAAGCAGGCAGGUACUAGUGGUCGGUGCAAAAUGUUAGUCUAUUGUUGAGAAUUUAUGUAGGAUCAGAUCAGAACACUCUCCUGGAGACACCCGCGAGGGGACACCUUUUUGAAAUGCAUGCAAACUAUGCUGCGUCGGGCAUGUUUCCACAGGACCACAGGAGCGAACGAGAGAGGCGCCGAGCAGGGAAGCGCGAGCCUGAAGGCGUCUGUUUUUGUUAACACUUCACGAGAACUGUUGGAUUGUAUGUACAUAAGUAAAACUGGAAAACAAAAUUGCCCCUAUACAUAUAAAUAUACAUAUAUUAACGCAAAACAAACAGAUAAAGAAAAACACAUAGGGAAAAAUUCUACAAGCGACAACACUAGGUUUAGGUGAUAAUUGAAGAAAAGAGAAAGAGAGCGAGAGAGCAAGAGAGAGAGAGAGAGAGAAGGAGUGAACAUAGUUAAAACAUAGCGAAGGUCAACACUAAACGAAAUGCUGUUAGGUUCUGUUUUGCUAACUGAGGAGUGAAUGGAACAGCACACGCGAUCGUAAUGCUUCGAGAAACAGUUCAAUGCUUGUUGAUAGUGGGAUAGGUAGGUGCUGCUGCAAGUAUUACCGUUUGUUAAACGAAAACAACACAAAAAACCGAAACAACGCCCCCUUAAAGUCCCAAAUAGCAUAUGUUUUUUGAUAGAGCCAUUUACAGAUUCAACUACAUAUGUUCACUCAUCAUCAGCAUGAAGAAGGGCCAUUUUUCCUCUUACUUUAAGCGUCACUCGCGUCACUCACGCACUCACUCGCACGUUCCUCGGUACCAAAGGAGUAAAGAUUUUGCAGUUGACCAUCGUUUCCCUCCAACAACAAAAAACACGUCUCAAAUACUCAAUGAACGUUUCUCAUUCGUUGAAGCAUUUUCCAUUUUCAUAAUAUUUUUAAUCGCCUCGAAUCUCUUUUCUCAUCUCAUUCCAUUCCCAACACUACGCGUGCUAUGUAGGUGAAGACGAACAAUAUCAUCCAACAACAAAACCAGUGGGAACAGGAAUACACGGGAGCGAUAUUGUUACGUUCCACAUAGAGGAAAAGAAAAACCAAUACAAAAACCCCCCAAAAAACAUGGCCAUACUCGUCGAAAUCGAGCAAGCAAACCUUUGGCGACCACACCCUAAUCAAUCACACGUAAGAUUAAUCUCCACUUUCCUUUCCAAACAAAAAAAAAAACAAACGAACGCUUUCGAAUUAUACUAUUUACUCUCCCCCACUUUUCCAUUUCCUAAUGUUCAUAAGUAAUCAUACUCUUCAAACAAACUAAGCAAGCCACUGGCGAAACUAACACGAAUGCAGCAGAAUUCAUUUUGUUCUUAUAAAAAGCGAAGAAAGAAAAGGAAACGAAACCAUAGGGACACACACGCAAAACGUAAUGGCAAUUAUUAUAUAAACCGAACAACCCUAACAAGAAUAAGCAGAAGAAAGAGGGCGAUAAAAAGAAAGAGAAAGAGAGAGGAGAAAAAAAGAGCAAAAGAUUCUACCAUGUUUUACAGAGCUAUUUCCGAUGCCAGGCUGAGACGAAAAAAAAGGAUAGAAAAAAUGAGGGAAAGGGAAAAACAAAACAAAACAUGAGUAAAAAAUAAAACAAAACAACAACCAACGAAAAACUCGUUCUUCUUUACACUGUGCAGUGCGGCGCUAAGAGAAACGAAGCAUUGCUAAGCUAAAAGACCAAACGUAAGCACUCAAGACACAGGAGAAUCAAAGUGAAUGUAACAGGUAAGAAUGAAAGCUUCCUUGCGUUUUUGUUUGCUCGAUUGUAAACGAUGACUGACAAAAUAAGAGCAGUAAAUAAGAGAUGUAAAUAAGAGCAGAAAACAUAGCCGAACAAGAACAUUACAGAUUGCAGAUUGUGUGUUGCCAUUUAUUUCAUUGUAUGUUUAUUUAUGCUUUUUUAAAUAAAAUAUUUAAAUCAUUUUUAAAAUAAAUUGUUUUGUUUUUAGUUUGACAUUUCCUUUAUUUAUUUAGUUUUGUUUUUUGUGUGUUUUUUCUUCUUUCAAUUUCACUUUCUGAUAGAGUUUCUUGAAUCUGUUUUUCUUACAUUAAUUUUGACUGAUUGUAAAACCCUAAAAAGCAUCACUAGAAACUGGCUUUCAAGACUUUCCUAACAUUGGAGAUGUUGAAAAAAUUAUUCAACUAACGAAGUAAGAUGGUUCUGUUCCGUUUCUAGUGCUGUUUAAAAGAUAAGUCUUAUUAAUUAAAAAAAUGUCGAUUAAAAUGAAGAAGUUGAAGAAUAAAACACGGGGCGUUGUUUAAAUCCUAAGAUCUAUUCAAUUAGUUAGAACAAAAAGAAGCAAAAUAAAGAAGAUAACUAUUAUAAAAACUGAAGCAAACAAAACCAGCGACAUUAUGUGCGUCACAAGCGCAUAACAAUACCACUACUAAAACAAGCAAAUAGAAAUAACACACACACACACACACACACACAAACAAAACACAUUUGCAAACAACAGCCUAGUUGACCAAAGUGUGAACGAAAAUUCAAACGGGCAAGUUAGUUAAGAUAUAUAUAAGUACGUUAAUGCGUUAAACAUGAAGAAACAAACUGAACAUGAAAGUGACCGAACAAGGCAAUCCAUACAUCGUCGAAAAUGGAGCAAAAAGCAUUUCCAAAACCAAGCUACAUUUAAUCUCUCAAAACGGAAUAAUAACCCCGAACGCAAAGUAAUUAUUCCACACACACACAUGCAACCGAAUGGAGCAAAUAGUUAAAGUAAAUGAAUACAAAAAAAGGCUAAUAUUUCGUAAAGUGAAGGGAAAGAACGCGGGGCUAGUACCAACUAAAGCAAAUUUCUGUACAUUGAACCAAACAAACAAAUUAGAAAAGGAAGCGAAUAGGAUGACUCUUUUGGACACGUUAAGGCUUUUGCACACUACAGUGCACACGAGUGGAAAAAGCAUGCAUUAGUUGGACAAAACUGGAAGAGCAAAGAACCUAGGCUAAGCUAAUGCUGCAAUCAGUGUAGUGAUGUUUGACGACUUUUGGGUUGAUUUUAUUUGCCUGCGCUGCGUUUGCCUUACUUCGGUCAGUCUUUCAUUUCUUCACUUUAUCCGUGUUAGUAACUGCUGCAAGUAGAAUGAGCAAAUAAUUAGAAAACCUGUUCUAGAGGACAUAACGAAUAUAUUAGACAAAACAAAUAAAGGGACGACCCCACGGAGGAUAAGGAUGCUGUGUGCAAUAGUGCAUUUAUGUAAAAAUGUGAUACUUUUCACCCAACCCAACACACGGCUGAGUCGUGCAGUUUGUGAGUUAAUAGAAGGCGCAAAGCAGAGGAAAGAUUCCCCCCCCCCCCCCCCCCAAAAAGUGUGUAAAAAUGCAGACAAUGCUGAUGACCGUGAUUUCCAGAAAGUAAAUUACUUAAUGCAAAUUGCCAGCUUCCAGAUGCAUAGAACGCUUUUCAGACAGAAGAAAGUCCUACGCUUACUUGACGAUGCAUUUACCGGCAAGAGCAGCGAUCCCGUAAGGAUCGAAACCUCCGUUUUCAAUCAAACACGAAACCAAAAAACGUUUCCCGUCGAAAUCGAACAACAACCUUUCAUCCCACGAGAUGACCAUUGCGAAAGCUUUAUGAAUGUUUAUUAUUUUUUCAAUGUUGCCGACAAGCUGGAUUAGUACAUCCAAGAGGGUUUGAUCCAGCAGAUGCCCUUACACUCUCGACUAGGAAAAAUAAAUUAAAGCGAUAAAGCAAAGAAACUAUUGCCAUUUACUGCGAGCUGGUCACUUUGGUAAGGUCUCAAGCAAGCAAAGGAAAUUCGUUCCGUAAACCAACUCACUCACCAACCAACCAACCAGCAGAAACCGAAAA